AUGGGAGAGGCAAUACCGAAGGGAGUGAAGGAUCUGUGGGACAAAUGGAACAUUCGUGGCCUGGUGAUUCUCAGUCUUACACUUCAGACCAUCUUGGUUCUUCUCUCACCAAACAGAAAACGAACUCACCGGCGACCUUUCCGGUUUCUCAUCUGGUCGGCUUAUCUUUUAGCCAACUGGGCAGCAGAAUAUGCUGUGGGACAGAUCUCGGAGAGCCAAGGAGACGAACCACAGCCCAAGAACAACGAUCUUUUGGCUUUCUGGGCAACUUUCCUUCUCUUGCAUCUCGGUGGUCCUGAUACCAUCACGGCUCUUGCUCUUGAGGACAACGACCUCUGGCUCAGGAGCUUGUUCGGUCUUGUGUGCCAAGCAAUCGUAACUUUCUACGUCUUCUUGCUCUCCAUACCCAACAAUCUCCUGGUACCAACAUCGCUCAUGCUCAUGGCCGGAGUGAUUAAGUAUGUCGAGAGGAUAAAAGCAUUGCAGGGGGCUAAUCUUGAAACCUUUAAAGACUCAGUGCUCGAGGAGCCUGAUCCUGGACCGGAUUACGCGAGGUUCGUGGAGGAAUAUUCAACUAGGAAGUUUCUGAGAGAGCCUACCCGGAUAGUUAGGAUCGAGGAGGUCGAGACAGGUCAAAGACCCAAGGUUUUGCCGGAUGGGAAGCUGACCCAUCUCGAGGUUGUCCAUUACGCUUACAAGUACUUCAACAUCUUCAAAGGUCUUGUCGUUGAUCUCAUCUUUAGCUCUCAGUCGGAGCAGUGGAACAACAGCAAGGCAUUCUUCCUCCACUCAACACCAGUGGAAGCUUUGAGGAUUCUAGAGGUGGAGCUCAGCUUCAUCUAUGGCACCUUUUACACCAAAGUAGACAUUCUGCAUACCCGGACUGGAUUCGCAUUCCGCUUCCUUGCAUUUGCAUCCCUUGUCUCAUCCCUCUGCAUCUUCACCACAGCGAAGAAACAUGGUUACGACAGAUUCGAUGUCGGCCUAACUUACGCCUUGCUCGCAGGUGGAGUAGCGCUUGAUUUUGUCGCUAUUUUCAUCUUCUGUGUCUCUGACUGGACAUUUGCCAGAUUUACGAAACCGAAAGAGGAUGUUGACGAUCCGGACACCAGGCUCGACGCAGUUCUCAACUGGCUCCUCAGUUUCAGGAAGCUGAAGUGGACGGUCUACAAUUGUUCCCACAACGAAAACAUUCGUCAGGAGCACUCUGUGCUUGACAGAAAAUUUAUAUUUCGCAGAUGGUCUGAAUACAUAUAUGGGUACAACCUGAUUGGAUCCUCCCUGGGAAAAAAACCUGAGAGAAUCCACAAAAGCAAGGGCUACAUUCAUGGUUUCUUUGACGAUAUCAUUCGCCGUUUGUAUACUGUUGGUACCAUCCAGAAGAUCAGCUCUUGUUUCAGGACGAUGAAACAAAGGAUUGGUCAAGCUCGCAGGAAGUUAAACACUCUCAUCAUUUUACCUCCCUUUAAAAACCACCGAAUGAUGAACUGUGCUCUUUACCCUCUCAGGCUGUUUCAUAACUUCUGGCUUCAAAUCCAAAUUGUCAACUAUGUCUUGGAGUUCUUUGGCAUCUCCGAUCAGCUCAACAAGAUGAUAUAUGCGUCACGUGAUCGCCUCACAUUAGAGAUGUGGGAGUUCGUAUUUGGAGAGGUUAAGCUUAGAUGCGAAAUUGCUGACCGCACAGAAAGUGCCAACAGGAUAUAUUGGGCAAGAGGUGAGUGGGCGUUGCGCAGAAUAAUGAUCGAAAAGGCAAAAAACAGUGCAAAGAAUAUAAACCUGCUGCAUUCCGUGACUCAAGUAGACUAUGAUCAGAGCAUUCUCAUGUGGCAUAUCGCCACUGAACUCUUAUACCAAAAGGAAGAAGUCACUCGGAAGAAUCAGAGUCACCGCGAGUUCAGCAAGAUCCUUUCAGACUACUUGAUGUACCUCUUAGUCGUGCAGCCAGAUCUGAUGUCAACAGUUGCAGGAAUCGAUAAGGUAAGAUUCAUGGAGGCAAUAGAAGACGCCAAGAAAUUUACGGAUGGUAAGAAGUUGUGGCAGAGGAGGGAUCUUGAUAAGUCAAGAAACGCAAAGCUGGCCUGCAACGAGAUUUUAUCUCACUUCAGUGAGUCAAAGGAAGCACAAGGCAAGAAGUAUCAUCGCAGGAGUGUGCUAACUGAGGCAAGUAUACUAGCGAAAACGCUUCACCAGCUAAAUGUUGAAGGAGAAGAAGAAGUGAUGUGGGAGGUAGUUAGCAAAGUUUUAGUGGAGAUGCUUUGCUAUGGAGCAACUCACUGUGACCCGAAACAACAUGUAGCACUACUGAGCGGAGGAGGUGAAUUCCUGAGCUUUGUAUGGCUAUUGAUGGCUCAUUUUGGUCUUGGUGACCAAUUCCAGAUCAACCAGGGAGAUGUCAGAGCCAAACUGAUCAUAGGUAAAUGA